AUGCUUCUACUCUUCCUCCUCCUCGCCCCACUGCUGGUCCUCGCCGAACACGAUUGUUUGAGGAGAACUGCUAGCUCUCCCUGGACAGUCAAGCGGUCAACUCCGAAUCGACCGCAAGCUCCAGACAUCAGUGUGGGCGGCGUAGAGCUGGCGAUUCACCACCAGACUCUGCGUGCCAAUCGCAAGCGGGAUAGCGACAACGGCUCCAUCAUUGCAUUCGCAGAAGAAAGCAGUACAUUCAUCAUUCCUGUUGCCCUUGGCGCCGUUGCUUACCCACUGCAGUUAGACACGUCAAGCGCAGACCUCCUGGUUGCCUCCAAGACGUGCGACAAGAGCUGCCCAGCCUCGACCACGGAUAACCCUUACUACGAUCCCCAGUUAUACUCUUCAUCAUUCUCCAGUGUCAAUGACAAUACCACGCUGUUCGCUUCAUCAUUUGGUGAUGGAACGACGGCCAGCGGCUUGAUCGCUCGCGAACGUGUCGGAAUCGCCAACGUGACUGUCGAUGACCAGUCGUUUGGCCUCAUCAACGCUACAAAUCUCACUCUCGCGGAGCAGAAGGCUUCAGGAAUUAUUGGUCUGGGAUUCCCUCGCUUGUCUGUGAUCGUGCGCGCCCUCCUCAACGCCGAGACCAACGACACCUUCCAACAGAUCUUAGCCGUUGGCGCCGUGACGACCGCACUGGAUGCUGGAGGGAACGACACUGCGGCUCCCACAUCUACCUUGACUGACGCCGAGGCGGAUGCCGAAAACACGGCUACUGUAGCCAUCAACGGUACCGCAACGACAGCGGCUGUCGUGACACCGAGCGCCACUCAGCCGUCAGCGUAUCUCCCACCUCUCCUCGAAUCCCUGGUGCGCACUCCCAAGAUUCCUUACCCCGUCUUCGCCAUUGCCCUUUCUCCGCCAGCUAGCGGCAUUGGUCAGGAACUCGUCGUCGACUCGCCACGGUACAACCUUCACCAUGGAUCUUUGACCCUUGGAGGAGUUUCCGCCCAGUACGUGAGCGAUGACCCUGACAGUGGUCGGACAGUCAACGACAUUGAGUGGCACGCCGUUGUCCCUUUCUCGGCUCUGAACGAUACUGCCUCCAUAGCCGCCUCUGCAACUGGCUCCUCCUCAAGCAACGACACCGAGGCUACAGACACAGCCGCGACUGAGAUUGACGCAACGGCAACUGAGCCAUCGCCCGAGAAAGCGGUUGUCGCAACCCCUACCCUUUCUGCCGCUGGGUCGGACCCCACGGCAACUGCCGACCUGGAAAAGGAAGAGUAUCUCUACUGGGCGCUCGAGUUGUCGCAUGUUUCUGUCAACGGUACAGAUCUCGGCCUCAACUCGACGUACGCUUCGGUCGGCGUGCCUUCCAUUGCCCUUUUGGAUAUUGGCAACAAUGGCAUCUACGGACCACAGCAGGACGUUGAGGCGCUGUUCAAGCUCAUCCCUCUUGCUCGCCAAGUCAACACCGGCCAGUGGGCUGUGCCGUGCGCCACUCGUGCUACCUUGUCAUUCUCCUUUGGUGGCCGAUACGUCGUGCUCCAGCCGAGUGAUUGGAUGUAUGCCGCAGUGGCCGGCUCGUCCAUGUGUCUUGCCUGGCCUGUGGCUUCGCCAGAUCAGGGCGACGGCAUCGACUGGACACUAGGUACGCCCUUCCUCCGCAACAUCUACAGCAUCUUCAGUUAUGGUAUCAACGGUGUGCUCGCCCCGUCCGUCGGCUUCCUCCCCUUACCCACCAACGCAACUCAGAGCCAGAAUCUUGAGAACGGCAACGCAACCUCGUCAGUGUCUGCGGCUAUGGCCACAAACGGGAAUGCCUCGAACCCCACACCCACAGCCAUCACCCCUGCCUCUCUCACAGCUACCAUCCAGACCACCCUUCCUAACCUCCUGCUCGCCGGACCCGACUUUGCGACCCCGACCUACCUCUUCGCCACGCCAGUCUUGUCCGCUGGAGUGAUCCAGGAUGUCGGCCUCGCCAACGCCACGGCCUACCAGCAGGCAGCUGUUCCCGUUGCAUCCCUCUCCUUGUCGCAGACCACAGACCCAAGUUGA